AUGACGAGCGAGGCAGACUUCAACACACCCAUCCGCCGUGUCGUCACCGGCCACAACGAGGACGCGGUGGCAGUCGUAACCCGUGACGACCUGAUCGCCGGCAAGAAGGCGCCCCACGGCCCGGUCAUCGUCCCCGUAUGGUCGACCGCAGAGCUCCCACCCGACGUCAACUCCAAGGAGGACAAAGGGCUGGCCCAGACGGGCAUCGCCAACGACGGCGCAAUCUUCAGGAUCGUCGGCCUGCCUCCGCGCUCCAAGAGCGUGUUCCACCGCACCCUCACCGUCGACUACAUGUUCGUCAUCGAGGGGACGGUGACCAUGACGCUGGACGACGGGUCGAGGACCGCGCUGAAGAAGAACGACGUCGUGGUCCAGCAGGCCACGAUGCACCGAUGGGACAACGACACGGAUGAGUGGGCUCGUGCCCUGUUCAUCCUGAUCAAAUCACAGCCCCCGAAAGUUGGUGAUAAGGUGCUCGAGGCCGAUAUUCCCAUGAAGGUCUGA